UUUUCUUGAACUUCAAGUAAAACAACCCUCAUAAUUCCUUCCUUAUCUUCUUCAAUCUCUGCUCCCAGUCGCGGCAACAAUGGCUAUGGCAUUCAAGAUGGCGACCACCGGAAUGUGGGUGACCGAUGAGUGCAAGAACUCUUUCAUGGAGAUGAAGUGGAAGAAGGUCCACAGAUACAUCGUGUUCAAGAUCGACGAAAGAUCCAGGCUCGUCACCGUCGAUAAGGUCGGCGGCGCCGCCGAGAACUACGACGAUCUCGCCGCGUCCUUGCCCAACGACGAUUGCCGAUACGCCGUCUUCGACUUCGACUUCGUGACCGUCGAUAACUGCCGUAAGAGCAAGAUCUUCUUCAUCGCAUGGUCCCCAACGGCAUCGAGGAUAAGGGCGAAGAUGCUGUACGCAACAUCGAAGGAUGGGCUGAGAAGGGCUCUGGAAGGAAUCCACUACGAAGUGCAGGCAACGGAUCCGACGGAGAUGGGAUUCGAUGUUAUCAAAGAGAAGGCGUAUUAGACAAGCCUGGGCUGCUAAAUUAACCGAAUAAAAUAUUUUUUAAAGAAAAUGACAGGCUUUUCAAAUGACAAAUCACUGUGCAGAUGCGGGUGGGUGCUCUGGUUUGCUUUUUAAUAUUUUAGGUUAAUUGGGACUAAUCUGAUGUAAGCGGGAGUGGGAAUGGGAUGACUAAUUGGAAAUAUAAUAAUUAUGAUCAUAUGUGAUAAAGUUAUGAGGAAGAAAACUUGUGGUCUCUUCUGAUCAUGACUUGUUUUGAAUGGAUGGAUGAGUUUUCACUUUCAUGCUUCUUUCUUUUGGUUCGUGCUUAUCCUUUGACAAAGGUGGCUUACCAUCAGUACAAUGGGUAAGUUGGGCGGCCUUCAAUUUCAUUCCACACCUUCUUAGCAACCACUUUUUCCCAGGAUGCAUACCCGUUGCCAAAUACUUAUAUAGGAUGACAAUGAUGAUCGUCGUUAGUCAUUUGUACAGUUAGCUUGUCAAAGAAAAUUAAUGUUAUUCCCUUGUUUGUUCAAGUCCGGUAA